AUGGACCAGGACGGAGUUGGAGCUGGCAAACGCACCAAACUUGAUGACCAAGAUUUCAGAAAUCAUUUGAGAACACUUUUCAAUCAAAGAAUCACAAUCGAAAAGGCUUAUGACGAUGUGAAUAGUGUGGAGAGUGAGUCCGAGAAUUGGACCAAAUUAUCGAGAAUUUCGGAAUUGAAAAGAAAAAGUGACUAUUCGGAUCGAAUGAAACAACAAUGGAACAAUAUUUUGGAUUUUCUUUUUGCUGGAAGUCAUCAUAUGAAAGUUGGCAAAAUUACGGAUGUCUAUGAGGAAUAUGCACUGAAAUAUUUUGAUGAUCUGCAACAUCGAAACAAGAAAAAGAUCAAAGAUCAUGAAGAGAUUCUGAAUAUCCUGUUCCACCGCCAACACAGUCAAAAAUGCUACGAGGCAUCCACCAUUUUCCACCUUCAAAUCAAAAAGAUCAAAUUCACAAUUGGCUACAAGGACAUUUGCAUUGAACUCGUCACCGAGGACAAGACUCAAAAAGAUAGGCCCACAAAGGUGUUGAAAUUGGAAUAUUGGUGUUUGGGAGAAAAGAAAUGUGCAGUGGUCUAUGGAAACACUAGAUUCACUAUGAUGAAGUCUUGUGAUGAAGCGGCUUCAAUGGACCUGUACUUUCUGCUCCAACACCCAAGAUUGAUUCUCGGAGAGUUGAAAUUCUCAGUUGAGCCAUACGAUUCGGCUUAUCCCGGAGUGUUUCCGGAUAUUUCUGUGUACAGAAUGAUUCAUGGAUUAUUUCAAUUGAAUGAUCGUAAGAUGAAUGUCAUCAAUUUCAACAUCAUGCUCACCAGAGAGCUUUUGUUCUGUGGAAAAACAACAUUUACCAGUGACUCCCUUCCGUUGGACAUGCUCUUGGAUUUCUUCCAACAAGGCGUUCUUCACAAGAUUCGACUUCAAAUUUGGAACGAUUUUGAGACGACGAAGGGGAAUGAGGAGUUUGAAGCGCAGGACAGAUUCAAGCAGAUUCAGCUGAGUGAGACUAUGCUUAAUGGAUGUAAUGCAUGGAAGAAGGCGAAUAUUUUGGAUGUUCGUGACGCGCAAAUCUGUCAGAAUUGGAAGCUUUUCUAUCAUUUUACAAUUUUGAAAGUGGAAAAUAUGACUGGAGAGAUUCUGAUGGAGUUUAUCAAGGUUCUCAAAGAAAAAGGCGAAGAAGGAAGAGACAUCAAAAUGCAAGUGGCAAACGCUAUCGUUUUGGAUCAAAUCGCAGUGAAAGUGCUUGAAACUUUCAAAGAGUUAAGUGUGCAAAAAACCGAAGGCUCUUUGAAAAUCACAUUUGAAACCAAUAAGAAGAAUCAAGUUUCGAUGGAUUUCGGAUGGCAGGACAUUCAAAUUGAAAUUCGCUAA